AUUGUGUUCUUCUUGGACACGUCGGCUGACGGUUCACUUCAGAGCAGGAGUGAGAACAGCAGAGAAGCAAAGAUGAGUCAUGACCAACAUGAAUCAGUCUGCCAAAAGAUUUCAAGGGAACUCAGGCAAUUCAAAUGGAGGGAAAUAUUCACAUGGAAUCUCCUGAAAAUGCUGGCCAUGGGCCAGGGUCUCUCAGCACUGAUUUGUGGGACUGCAGUCACCUCUCAAUACCUGGCCACAGAAUUUAACCUGGACGUACCGAUGCUCCAGAGCUGCAUCAAUUACACACUUCUAUGCCUCACCUACACUACUGCACUGUGUUUUAGAAAAGGCAAUAAAAACAUUCUGCAGAUCUUAAGGACAAAAUGGUGGAAAUAUGCAUUGUUGGGGCUGGCAGAUGUGGAGGCAAAUUAUGCAGUGUUGAAGGCUUACCAGUACACCACACUAACCAGCAUACAGCUUUUGGACUGCUUUGUUCUCCCAGUGCUUCUGGUCUUGUCCUGGGUCUUCCUGAAGGCACGCUACAGAAUCAUUCACUAUGUAGCUGUGUGUGUGUGUCUGGCUGGUGUAGGAGCCAUGGUUGGAGCAGACCUAGUCUCAGGCAGAGACCAAGGAUCAAGCAGUAACAUCCUGCUGGGAGAUGGUCUGGUUAUCAUCAGCGCCACUCUGUAUGCAGUCUCCAACCUGUGUCAGGAGUACAUUGUAAAGAACGGGAGCCGGGUGGAGUUUCUAGGGAUGGUUGGCCUCUUCGGGACACUAAUAAGCGGAAUACAGCUAGGUAUUUUAGAACAUACAAAGGUGGCAAAUAUAUACUGGACGUGGCAAAUUGCUUUGCUCCUGUGUGGUUUUGCUAUGUGUAUGUAUACACUGUACAGCUGCAUGCCUGUGGUGAUCAACAUGUCCAGCGCCACAACAGUCAACCUCUCUCUGCUCACAGCUGAUCUCUUCAGCCUCUUCUGUGGCCUUUUCCUUUUCCAGUACACUUUCUCAGGGCUUUACGUUGUGUCUUUAAUGGUGAUCAUGCUGGGUUUCAUAAUGUUUAACACCGUCCCUGCACCAAACCAAACUCCUGAACCAGCUUCUGAGGAGGAAGGACAUGACAACCAGGCUGCUGACACCGAUGAUGAGAGGCAAGUGGGCUGUGAAUUUGAGAUUCAAGAGAAAAGCCAGACUGAUUCCAGUGGAAAGAGUCAUCCAGCUGAAAAUGGACACGGAUGGGUUUUAAGCAGUGUUAAAAUGUAAGCUCAGAAACUUCAGGUCAACAUUGCGUGUAGAUUUAUUGUAGACCGAUGAAGACAUUAUGCUGACUGUAACUUACUUUUCAAAAUAUAAAAUUUAUUGCCUAUACUUGAAUGACAGAUGGAUUUAGGUCACAGUUGGGAAUCAAAUUAUUGUUUUAUUUCAUAUCUAAAAAUGUCAGCUGUCACUCUCUUUAUGUUUUGGAUAUUGAACAAGAUUAACUAGAAAUGUGGCAAUAUAUAUUAUAGACUAUAAAAAAAUCUAAUGCUGUAAAUAAAUCUAAUUCAAAUUACGCAUAAAAUCUCUAAAUGUAUUUAUUUAUUAUAGAAGUGCUGUGCUGUUUUUUCUAAUUUACAGAAAGAUAAUUAUAGGCAAUAAAUAAUAUAUGAUGAGACAUUAAUGUGGACAUAAAAACAAUAUUAUUCAUCACUC